GCUGCUUUCAGGUGUCUCUCUAUGGUGGAUGGGUAAAAAUUGUAAAUCUGAUAUGUACAUGACUCCCGAUUAGUUCCUUCCGAAUAGUUCUCGUUUUGUAAGUACCGUAGCCGAAAUCACAUUUUUCGGGGGAAUGUUUUCGGAAGUUAUGUAAAGAACAAGGACGAAGAAGGAAACCCCUAAAAAGUGCUUGAUGAAGCAUUCCUUGGAAAGGAGGUGCGUAGCACUUCUUGCAAGACGUCGUGUGCAACCCAUACAAACUUGGUGCAGUUUGCGGUGUAAUGGGAAUGUUGGGGGGCUAUCGAAUAUCCUAUGUGCGUCUUGUUCGUUGAAAACUGCCGUCAACCACACUUUCCACCAGUUUAUUAGCGGUUUCUCAUUCAGUCAUACUCCAUCGGCCGGGCAGGUUUCAACACAGUCCGUGUGUUCCACGAAGAUCUAGAAAUGACUGACGAACGGACGCCCUUAACUUCGGUCCCACCAUCGGUGCUGGAUUCGGAGUCCUCGUCCUACGUUCAUCAGCUCAAGGGUCACGAAACUCUACGGGAACGUCAGGUGAAAAACUUCCAAUGCUGGAUUUGUACCGCCAUUUUGGGUGCCUUCGUCAUUGGGAUCAUUAUCAGCCUCAGCUACAUAAUCAUGGGCGACGCAAAACGAGGGGCGUCCAACAGCACAAACGUGACGGAAACGGCAAACUUCCCGGAUUUGCUUAAUCUGAUUAGCUUUCCACUAGCCGACGAACCCACGCCAAUGUGGGACGCUCCGAAUAUAACCGAACAGGACGCAGCUGACGCCAUUGCGGAGGGUGAGAAGGCCCUAGGAGAUAAAGAAUUGCUGGAGGAAGCCUUAACGGCACCUCCGGUGCAGUCGGCGACCUUUCGGCACCAGAAAGCGGUCAGCACGACAUUAGCUGCCCGUCUGGCUUCCAAGGUCGGAUAUGUGGAAAACAAGGCCACUAACGCGAUUGCCAGAAAGCAUAACAUGAAGAAGCGGCAUCGUCGUUGGAGUAUCGGUAAGAGUCCAGCCAUCAAGGUACCUCAUCAGAACGGUACCCAACAGUGCGAUUUCAACGCUAGAUAUCGCACCAACAAUGGCACGUGCAAUAACAAGAAGAACCCCCACACAUAUGGCGUAGCAUUGAUACCUUUCCGGCGUCAACUAACUCCGGACUACGGUGAUGGAGUGUCCAGUCCCCGUGAAUCAAUCGAAGGCAAGGAACUGCCUAGUGCUCGCCAAGUGUCACUUCAAAUCCAUCGACCUUCCUAUCACAACGACCCUAACUUCUCCGUCAUGCUCGCGGUUUGGGGUCAGUUCUUAGAUCACGACAUCACAUCUACGGCCCUGAACCAAGGCGUUGGCGGAAAGGCCAUCGAAUGCUGCGAUCCUGGUCAGCCACGACACCCGGAAUGUUUCCCAGUCCCGUUGGGACCAGGUGACCCGUACUUUCACGACUACAACUUAACCUGCAUGAACUUCGUCCGUUCGAUCCCUGCCCCUACCGGUCAUUUUGGCCCUCGUCAACAGCUGAACCAGGCGACAGCGUACAUCGACGGCUCCGUAGUGUACGGAUCGGAUGAUGCCAAGGUCAAACGACUGCGCUCUGGCAAGGACGGCAAACUCCGAAUGUACGUCACCCCAGAUAACCGGGAACUCCUCCCCAUAUCAACGGACCCGAACGACGGCUGCAACGAAGAGGCUAUGAACGCAGUCGGCAAGUACUGCUUCGAGUCUGGUGACGAGCGGGCCAACGAGAAUCUGCACCUGACGUCGAUGCACCUGAUCUGGGCCCGACAUCACAACAAUCUGACCGGAGAGCUGAAGAAGGUCAACCCGGACUGGGACGACGAGCGGUUGUUCCAGGAGGCACGCAGGAUUCUGGCCGCCCAGAUGCAGCACAUUACGUACGGUGAGUUCGUGCCGGUCAUCAUCGGAGAGGACACGGCCGAGCGGAUGGAAAUCUCGCCGAAUCCGGAAAGUGACCGGGACACCUACAACGUGACGGUGGAUCCGUCGGUUGCGAACGUGUUUGCGGCGUCGGCGUUCCGGUUCGCGCAUACCUUGUUGCCGGGCCUCAUGAAGAGAACCCACGACCCGACGUCGUCCCCCUCGGGCAUCGAGCUGCACAAGAUGCUGUUCAACCCGUACUCGCUGUACGGCAAAACUGGCCUCGACGACGCCAUCGGUGGAGCCAUGAGCACCCCCCUCGGCAAAUACGACCAGUACUUCACCACCGAACUGACGGAGCAUCUGUUCGAGAAGGCUCAAGAUCUGCUGCACGAUCGACCCUGCGGGCUGGAUUUGGUUUCCUUGAACAUCCAACGCGGACGGGAUCACGGCCUGCCGUCGUAUCCGCACUGGCGGCGACAUUGCCGGCUGCCCCCGGUGGACACGUGGGAACAGUUGGAGAAGGUUGUGGAUCCCGGAUCGUACGAGCAGAUGCGGAAGAUCUACGGGGAGCCGGAUAACGUGGACGUUUACUCGGGAGCGCUAAGCGAGCCUCCGGUUGAGGGAGGUGUUGUGGGCCCACUGAUCACCUGUUUGUUGGCGGAUCAGUUCCUGCGGUUGAAGCAGGGUGACUCGUUUUGGUACGAACGCCGGAGAGGGCCUCAGCGAUUCACCAGAGAUCAACUGCGGCAGAUCUACAACACCCGGCUGUCGAGCAUAAUCUGUCGCAAUUCGGACGCGAUCACGCAAUCGCCGGUCUACCUGAUGCGUAAGGUCAACCGCGAGGACAAUCCGGAGCUUCCGUGUUCGGAGUUGGACACGUUCGAUUUCUCGGUGUUCCGCGAUCGUAAAAAUGCCGAUUCGAGGCGAGUGAAGCUUGCGACAUCACAAGUAGGUGUGGUAAUACAACCUGGCGCUACAACCGGGAUGUCGGAUGGGAUGAAUUCUUCUGGGAUGGAGACGAGUACUGAAGUCUUGGGAACAACUACGUCAACAACGACGGCCAACAAUACGAUAGUUUGAAGUUUGCUGUAAAUUAAGUGCUCCGACAGAUGCAGUGAAUCACUACAUGAUAAGUAUAGAAAAGUUUUUAAACCAAGUCA